GGACCCCGAGUACCUCCAAGGGCACAGAUACAGUCACCUGGGAGGAGUCAGCACCUCCCUUGUUCCUUGCUCCUCUGGCUGUUACCCUGCUUCUCCAGGAAUCCUCCCUAAGGGCGAGAGUUUUCUGUGCUCUUCAUGAAGACCAUGGGCCAAUAUGGUAGGGGCGGGUGCUUAGUCCCCUGCAGGGGCCUCCAGGAGUCAGGGUUCUCCCUGAGGCCAAGGCGGGGCGAGGGAUGAGGAUCAUCCUCCCUAAACUGUGGGUGACAGAAAGCCGCAGGGCCGGCAUGGGGAGGGCAUGGUUCUGUGCUUCAACUGCCUGGGAGGAAGCAGAGUCGGCUUCCCCUGGCAUAAACACUGCCUGUGCAGGCAGCUCAUCCUGGGUUCAAGUGACCAAGUCUAGCCUGCACCGGUGGAAAGGGCCUGUUGAUGGAGGUUAAUCCCUGAUCUUCCCCUACUCUUGUCUCCAGGUCAACGUGGAGGUGACCGGCCACCAUGCUCAGUCUCAAGCUGCCCCAACUCCUUCCAGUUCACCAAGUGCCCCGGGUGUUCUGGGAAGAUGGCAUCAUGUCUGGCUACCGACGCCCUACCAGCUCGGCCUUGGACUGUGUCCUCAGCUCCUUCCAGAUGACCAACGAGACAGUCAACAUCUGGACUCACUUCCUGCCUACCUGGUAUUUCGUGUGGCGCCUCCUGGCGCUGGCGGGGGGCCCGGGCUUCCGCGCCGAGCCGUACCACUGGCCGCUGCUCGUCUUCCUGCUGCCCGCCUGCCUCUACCCCUUCGCGUCGUGCUGCGCGCACACCUUCAGCUCCAUGUCGCCCCGCGCGCGGCACAUCUGCUACUUCCUGGACUACGGCGCGCUCAGCCUCUACAGCCUGGGCUGCGCCUUCCCCUAUGCCGCCUACUCCAUGCCGGCCUCCUGGCUGCACGGUCGCCUGCACCAGCUCUUCGUGCCCGCCGCCGCGCUCAACUCCUUCCUGUGCACCGGCCUCUCCUGCUACUCGCGGUUCCCCGAGCUGGAGAGCCCCGGGCUCAGCAAGGCCCUUCGCACAGCCGCCUUCACCUAUCCCUUCCUGUUCGACAACCUCCCGCUCUUCUACCGGCUCGGGCUGUGCUGGGGCAGGGGCCGUGACUGUGGGCAGGAGGCGCUGAGCACCAGCCAUGGCUACCACCUCCUCUGCGCGCUGCUCACCGGCUUCCUCUUCGCCUCCCGCCUGCCCGAGCGGCUGGCACCUGGGCGCUUUGACUACAUCGGCCACAGCCACCAGCUCUUCCACAUCUGUGCAGUGCUGGGCACCCACUUCCAGCUAGAGGCUGUGCUAGCAGAUAUGGGAUCCCGCCGAGCCUGGCUGGCAGCACAGGAGCCCCCCCUGGGCCUGGAGGGCACAGUGGUCACUUUGGGCCUGGCAGUGACCGGAAACCUGCUCAUCAUUGCUGCUUUCACAGCCUUCCUGCUUCGGGCCCCUGGUACAUGCCCUCUGCUACAGGGUGGUCCACCAGAAGGGGGACUCCAGGACAAACAACAGUGAGACCCUGACCCUAGUUUGGAGGUGGAGGCCAGGCCCCAGUGCUGGGGAGGACCCAGAGCCAGGCCUGAAAAAGAGGGGGCACUUCUGAGCCUGGAACCAAAAGUGGCUGAGGAGAGACAGAGAGAGAGAGGGUAGAGGAGAGGGGAGCUGUCUGUGGGAUUGGCAGAGAGAGAGUGGGACCCGAGGUGCUCUUGAUGGGAGUAGGGAAAGUGCUGAGGGUCUGUAAGGGGAGAUGUCUGUGUGCCCAGGCUGGAGCUGCCCUGCCUGUUGGAGGGAGGGGUGAAAAAGAUGCUGGGGGCUCUUUAUCUGGCCCCAUUCUGGCUCCUGACAUCUGCUCAGCCCAGGGGAGAACUGACGCUACUAACCCAGGCCACCCUGAAUGCUUCUUAAUAGGCUGGAGAGACACAUUUGCUCCCACCCAGCAAGGUCAGAUCCUGCCCAGUUUGCAAGCAGCUUUGUGCCUACAGAAAUGAGUUUGUCCCAGUCACACUGUGUGCUCAGGGUGUCCAGGCCUUUGGGCCAGUCUGUUUGGGUUGUCCUGGGUGGUGUAGUGGAUUGAAGUGAGGGGUCUUAGGCUGGGGGGAUCCCUGAU